AUGGAUGUGGUGUGGAUGCUGCCGCUGCUGCUGCUGUUUCCACUCCUGAUGUGGACCAGCAGCACGUUCCUUUUUUAUUUCAAAAAGUUCUUCUAUGUGGCCUGGAUGAUGUUAUUGGCCCUGCUGGGGAUUCCCGUGUGUUUACUGAAAAGCGGAGGUAGAGACGUGGAGAACAUGAGGGUUAUCCGUGCGAUGGUCCGCCAUGUCAAGUACUUUUUUGGCCUUCGAAUUGAAGUGAGCGGCUGGGAGCACCUGCAGACAGUAGGUCCUUACGUCAUCAUCUCCAACCACCAGAGCUCUCUGGAUGUUCUCGGAAUGAUGGAGAUCCUACCCGACCGCUGCACCACGAUAGCCAAGAAGGAGCUGGUUUACGCCGGCACGGUGGGCCUCAUCUGCUGGCUGUCUGGCAUCGUUUUCAUCAACCGCAAGAAGACGAGCGAUGCCAAGAGUGUCAUGGCAGACGCUGCCAAAACCAUGCUUGACCAGCAGAUUCGGUUGUGGGUUUUCCCAGAGGGAACACGCAACCAGAAUGGGGAUCUGCUGCCCUUCAAAAAGGGAGCUUUCCACCUGGCGGUGCAGGCACAAGUUCCUAUCGUUCCUGUAGUCUUCUCCUCCUACAACAGUUUCUACCUUCGAAAAGAAAAGCAGUUCAAUUCAGGAACCAUCAAGUUGAAGAUCCUUCCAAAGAUUGAGACAAAGGGAAUGACCUCAGAGGAUGUGUCAUCUCUGUCCGACCUGUCGCAUAGCCUGAUGCGUACCGCGUUCCUGGAAAUCUCUGACUCCGUACCCCAGAGCAACGGGCCCCUAAAGCACUGAAUAUUGGCCCCCGCCACCCCUGAAGGAGACCCCCCAGCCGCCCAAGACCUCUCUGCUUUUGCCAAGUUUGUCCCGCGGCCCGCCCAGGAAAUGACACGGGGGCGUAUUUGUCCUCGUCCAGCGAGCCUCUGGCCUCAAUCGUACAGCUCAGUCAGUCCUGACCCUCGGCGCCGCUCUGCUCGGCGCGAGCGGAGUGACGGACGGCAAGCCGAACAGUAUGGAUGUGUCGCUCAUGCAUGCCUUUCAGAUGACUCUGUCCACCUUCACUGUAGCUGUGUACUUUGGCUUCAUCGUCCCAGUUAAUAUUAAUUCUUUUUCCUUUCUCUCUGCUUUUGUAGCCAUCUGACUUCUGUUAAACACAUAAACUUUGGCUGUUUUUUUUUUUUUUUGCGGGGUAAUCAUAACAUUGCUAGAUAUUUAUUUGCUCCUAUCAGAUACCCUUAUUUCAUUUGGUACCCCAUCAUCUGUCUGCUUUUUAAUGUCCUGAGACAUUUCUGCAUUCCAGUCUGCUUAAACGGCCAAUGGAGCGGGAUCUCCAUGAGAGGUAGAAUGAGCAGAGGAGACGACACGAGUUCAGUUCUUCUGUCAUAUCGGCUGAACUGCGUCAGAAAGCAAGGAUUGCAAGAUGCCGUGUUUAACAAUCGCACCCCAUCUGUGAUAGAUGAACAAGCUUAGUAAACUGAUCGGUGUUCUGUGUUUGUGGUCUUUCCAAAGCAGCAGAGAAAAAAAGAAAACUUGGCGCUGCGAUCAGCCGCAAAUCUCCUUUGGCUUCAUUUGCUUUGUUGCUGUAUUUAUUAUUUCCCCAUAGAAUUAGAUUCUUUUUUUUUUCCUCCUUGCUUUUUAAAAGCAAUGGCUUUUCCUUUCCUUAGGAAAAAUCCAGAGGACAUAUUUAAGAUGUCGAAAGGUGACUUUGUGUCUUGAAGUGAUGCCGUUUUAGCAUUACAGUUCCAAAGUGCAAGCUACCUGCUGUGCCAUGACAUUUCCUAUAAAAAUUCAAAGCAAUGUUUAUUAAUGACCUUCUUUUCCCAAUAAUAUGAAGCUGAUCUAAUCGACUAAUUAUCUCGCUUGAUUAGCUGACCUGUACUUAGAUAACAAUUUAAGUUGAAAAUGUAUUUUGAUUGACUGAAGCAAGUUUUUCCUUCUUUAUUUAAAGUAAAUUUUAGUUGGGAUGUUUUUGAUCUAAGUUAUGGCUGAACUUCUCUAGAGAAUUGAUUGCAUUAUUUAAAAGAAAUUGUGAAGAUUUUGGCCUUAUGUUUUUUUUUUUCUUGGCUUUUCUGUAUUUUUUUUUUUUUUUGUCGUACUGAUGCUAACUUCUAACCUCCUCAAACUGAGUUCCUUUAUUUUUACAUCCAGGUUUUACUCACUGCCUUCACACUGUCACUUGUUUGGCUCAUCAAACACCAUUUAAGAAUGUACUGCAGGGUGUAGGAUCUUUUUGUUUGUUUUUUUGCUAAAAUACCUCUAAUUUUUUAACAACCCCUUAAAGAUGAGUUUUUUUUUUAAAGAGUAGCAGAUCUUUCACUUGAACUACCUCAAACGAGGUUUAGUUCCUGUUUAGUUUUUGUGUUUAAAUUUAAACAAGAAGCUAUUUUCAGGUAAUUUUCUAAACCCUUCUUUCUGUAAAACCAUGACAUGUUUUCUCCUUCUCACAUUGAAAAGUGGCUUAUAGAAAAUUGCCACCAUAUCCCUGUUUGUAUUUAUGCAAGAAGGGAACAGAAGUCAUUGGAUUCCAAAGUCCCUUAGCACUCUGAUUAAUAUGUAAAACAGAAAUUAAAAGAAUGCAUUUUUUUAUUUUUAUUUUGUAGAAGCUCAACAGUUUUUUUACAAGCUGGUUUUCAAAGGAAGACAUUUCAGAGUGAGGAAGACUUUGACUACAGGUGCUGGAAAAUUCUCCUUAGACCAGAAUUAAUGGACCUUCCACAGAUCCUAUUGGAUCUUAAAAUAAUGAUGAAAAUGUAUAUUAUUUUUAUAUACCUUGGUCCAAAAUUUUUAAUAUUUAUCCUCCUGACAGACCAAAUUUCAGUUUACAGGUAGACUCCAUCAGAUUUUUAAUUUAAAUGUUCAAAGAUUUACCUUUAGAAGAAAAACAAGCCCACAGCAUCACAAGUGUGGGGGGGUGGGGCGCUCCUACACAAACCGGUGUUAUGUAGAUACUCUGGUCUCUGGAAUAUUUAUGGAAGCUGUUGGUGCCGGGGUUAAAAUAACCAACUAAUUCAUAAAUUAAAGAUUUUGAGUUUGGAAAAGCUUUUAGUAAAUCUUUAUUUAAAGGUGCCAAUGUAACAAGCAGGGUGCUGUUUGGUUCUGCUUGGUUAGAGGAGGAAUGUUCUGUACAAUACAGCAGGUUUAGCUCCUAGAAGAUGUUUCUUUACCCUGUAGAUUUUAUACUUGUUCACAGUUCAUCAGAGGGACUGAUCCAUGGAUUUAUCUAAACAUAGAAAGUCUCUAUUCUGCUAAUCAGGUAGAUUUUAGGGAUGUAUGUCACUACUAACAGUUCUACUGAUUAACAGUUUUCUUCAGUAGUUUAGAUCUGAUUGUCUUUUUCUUUGCAAGUAUUCGUUCUAUGCUGCAACUUAUCCAAAUGGUUAAAAGCACUCUACCAAACUGGGCUAUUCCAAAAAUGGGGAAUAUAUUAUGGUUUAUAUUUAAAUGAUCAAUUUCCAGCUUAUUUCCUGGUUUUAUUUGACAGCUUUUGGAUUUUAUUUGUGUCUUGAUGUCGAUGCAGUCAAGUCUGCAACAAACUUUGUGUUCAUUCUACAGGCACUUCUUUAUAAUUAAAGAUCAUCCCAACCUGAUUAAAGCACUUUUCCUUCUGGAUUUUGAAAUGGAAAAAUAUAAAUAUAUAUAUAUAUACCUAUAUAUGUUUUUUCUCUUUUUCUUUGUAACCAAAGUGACAUCCAGAUGCGUAGCUGAAAUGGAGCAGAGAUCCUGCAGAGCCUUGUGUGAGUGAUGUAUGUAUGAUCUGUUGCCCUGUUUUGCGUUGCAGGA